AUGCUGCGAUCACCUUCGGUUACCUCUCAAUACCGCGACGACCUGAGCUCACCUGAUCCACUCGCAACUUCUCCCAAUGAUGAGCACAACAUUGGCAAUAGCGCCUGUGGAAGUCGGAAGCCUGCGCCUCAACGACCAUCAACUGCAACGACAAAGAAUAUAGCCAAACACACGAGGUCGAGCUCUCACGGUAACGAAGCAUUCCCAUCGUCACCGUUUUGCACCGUCUCAGAACAGCACCUAAGCCCCUGGAAGAUUCGAGUGACAGUGGAAGCAGAGCCAGAGAACGCCGAUAUGGAGGGAAACAGUCCAAUGACCCGAGCGAGAACGCGGACGACGAAGAUAUCGUUGCAAAGCGACCGAUCUCCAACGAAAGAUGCGAAGAGCUCUGCUCGAGCCAGGAAAUCGCAUGCAAGUACCAAGAGGGGCGCAACUCCUGAGCGCACAGGGCGAAGUUCUAGUCGGAGCCGAAGACAGAGUGUGACAGACUUGGAUAUAAUACCUUUGGGAGAUGAUUCUGAAAGGGACGACUGGCUGAAGCAGAAGAAGUCGCCACGGAAAAGACGAAGCCCUCGGAAAAGCACAACCGCGGCAGAUGACGGCCCGCAGCCAUCCUCAUCGAAGUCAAAGUCAAACAUCGAAGAACCUGACGAUAGACCUGAUACCGGUAUCGAGGGCGGAGACGCAACUGGUGAGCCAGGUCCUGCACGGGGAAGCGAGGCACCAAUACCUGCGAAGCUUCAUCUGCAUCAGAUGGCUGUCCGACCACGAGGCGUGUCAACGAGUUCCAACAAGACUGAAGGCUGUACCGGGCAGGAUUCAAUUCCCUACGAGAAGAUCAGAAUUUCCACCCAUCAGGCUCAACUACAGGCACGGAAAGUAUCCGUUAACAGCGCGAUGAGCUAUCCGACUCCCUCACCUACUUCCUCCUAUCAUGGGGACUCUGAUGAGGUUCUGGAUUCUGUCGAGGACGAGCCUGCUGCCAACCAUGGAAGUGAAGGUUUUGACACCAUGCUCGAGAGCGAAGGUUUCACAAUGAUCGAUUUGGAGACUUUGCCUUCGGUCAGGCGAUACCUUAGCAGUCCGUCGGAGGAGGCAGCGGCCGCAAAAUCGGGUCCGGCACAAAUGCCCAGCUUGAUAACUGAGGGACCUUCGGCGGUGCCGACCAAGAACGACAUCACGGGUUCCUUGUCACCGAUUCCUGAGCAGACGGUGGCCUAUCCGACCUUGAGAGUGGAUGAAAGUGACAUAUCGAGCACUGUGCCAUCGUCGCCACCCACGUCGGAGCAGAACGCGGGCCUUCUUAAGGUCUCAUCUUCAUCAAGACCUGGUCUCAUGCGAAAGGUAACACCACAACCAUAUUCCCCACCCAAGCACUCUUCACCACCAAAACACCAACCUCGACGCACGCCACAACAUCAACAUCGCGCAUCAGCUGGCGCUCUCUUUGCGGGUAUUGCAUUGCAGGAAAUCAUGUCACCCGGCGCCAGUACCGAAAAAGAGCUGCCACAAGAGAACGCCCUAACUUCGCAGCCGCCGAACUCGCACGGCCAGGACGCUUUGUUCAACGGCUUCGACUCCGGCACUCAACGCGAGCUCAGAGCCGGUCUUCGAUUUGGCGAAGAGCUUGCAAAGAGACAGGUGGGAGAUUUGCCAGCCCAAUCUGUCGCCACUGUAACUCGAGAGAAGGCGGGUACAGAAUUGGACAGAUCAUCGACCCAGGGCAAGGUCCAGUCACGUAUCAAUGACAAAAGCACAUGGACUCACCAGGAGCCACUGGCUCCUGGCUCCAAAACCAACACCAGUCCGGGCCUCAAUAACACCCAAGUCAUGGAGAAAGCGCCGCGGACGCCACAGAAUAGAGCUUCUGAGCCAUCAGAGCCGGACAUUCUUGACACUCAAGCUAGGCGAAAGCGUGACUGGCAACUUGAGAGGGAAGCCGUUUCCAGACAGAUUCAAGAGGCUUCUGAAAGUCAGGUCAUAGUGAUCAACAGCGACAGCGAAGAUGAAGAGCCUUCGCCAAAAACGCUGGAGAAAGCAGCCAGUCAUACUCAACUGGAUGAUGAAGCUGGGGACGAGACGGAUAUCUGGCUAGCAGAGGCCAAGAGCUCUUCAAGCCCACCACGUGGAGGGACCAACGACUUGUUCACUCGCACCGAACAGCGCCAACAGCAGGAACGGGCCAGGGAAGCCGUCAAUCGACCGAGGAGGAGCUUGAUCCCCAGUCCGUGGAAGAGAGGCGAAGAUGUCGAAGUGCCCAACGAGCAAGGCACAUUCUUAUCAACGAACAUGGACGAAGCAAGCGGCCUUAUGGCUUAUAAAGGGCCUGAGAACGGAGUGAGAUUUGGGGCUGGUCAAAUCCAGCGACAGCAAUUGAGACAGCGGAGCAAUAGCGGAAAAUUCGACAUUGAUCUUAUGACCGGAACGCCCAAGAAGGACGCCGUCGAGGAAGAAAGUGUCGACGUAUCAAGGGACCAAGAUGUUGAUGAGGACGAUCAUGGCGCGCAGCCUCGAGACUAUCCUGGUGACCGUGACCAGGAAGAGUCCUCAGUUUCAAUUUCGCACGAGGAGCAGUACGAGAACGACGACUCAACGAAAGAGACCUUGAAUCUUUCAGAAGUAACCUCUUCGCCUCCACAGCCCGUCAAAAUCCCUGUCAAUUUCAACGACUCUUCCAUAUCCCUAUCGACGCCACAACCACCGCGCCAGACUUCAGCGACGCAGCGGCCGUUCUUGGACGCGCAUGAGGCGGAGUCACCUCCCCGCCCACCGACACCACGAUCUGCCAUGAAAGGCUCUCGAGAGAGCAUGGCUUUCCCGCGACCUGACACGCCGACCAUGAUAAGAAGAGUAAUUUUUAGUGGCAGAUCCAGAGGUGUGGAUGUCGAUGGUCAAGAGAGCAGCUUCAGCAUGCGGUCUUCGAGCGAUGAUACUUCAUUCGGGGACGAGGUUGGCAGGCAGUUGAGGCAAGAACUCCAAGCGGCAGAAAUUGCACCUGCACAGUCUCAUCCUCUUCGACGGGAUAUUGAAAUAGGAGACGAGAGACCCCAAGUUGCAGCGAGCCGGGAGAGUCCUCCACAGAAGGAAACACCAGCAACGGAGCUCGGUAAAGUUUGGGGCAGCUGGAUUUGGGGCUCGAAGCAGAAACCUGACAAUGUUUCCCAGCCAGAAGGGCAACGCAAGACCGACCACGCGCCAAAACCAAAGUCAAAAUCAACGCCAACGUCGACGACCGCCACCACUCUAAAAGAUCCAGCGACCCAACAACACCACCAAGAACCAGAGCCUGAACGGCAGAAAACCAAAUCCUCCAUCCCUGCUUCCGCCAAACCAACUCACCGGGUCUCCAACAUCGACGCCACGUAUCUUCCUCUUCCACUUCCAUCCUACCUCCUCCCUCCCUCCUACCCAUCCGACCCCCUCCGCAGCACUAGCACACCUCUUGCUACGGCAGGCGACUUCACAAACGCCCACUUCCGCACCCUGCACAUCAUCUACCGCAAAUCACUGCGCCCGAAGUUCCAUCCCCCGCCUCGAGAUCAGAUCCGCGACGAGGUCUGGGCCCUCCGCGGCAAGCAGAUGAUCGUGGAUGAGACCAGGAACGGACUCGUUAAGGGCGAGUUCGUCUGGACAGUCGGCGACGGCGAGGUCGAGGUAUUGGAGCGGUACAUGCAGGAGUGUGAGUUCUCGAUGGGGUGGUUUCGUGGGCGUAAGGUGAGAGAGGGGCCUACCACUGUCCCGAAAGUGAUGUGGGGAUGGACGGCCGAGGAAUUGUGCGAGAGACUCUGUCGAAUUGUGGUGGGGGAGGUCGUGCGCGAGGAGGAGAGCAAGGUCAAAAAGGAAAAGGGACGGGGGCCCUAG